UUUCGAAAGACCUAUUUCGUAUAUUUAUAAUUAUUUAAUAAUGUCUAAAGGCGGUGAUGAAUCAAUAGCUUCCGGGCCAGCUUUAAGCUCGCUUCGUCCUGCAAAUGUGUUAGAGAUUCAAGCUCGCGAGUACCUCAAGGAAAAGGAGAUUGAAUUUGGUUUACCUAUCAUGGCUGAGCGUAAAGGACCAGUUCGUGAGGGAGACGUCGAUUUGACUACAAAUAUCUAUCCGCUGAUUUUCCAAAGCAACAUUCGUGUUUGUCGAUACGAUGUGAAAGUUUCUGGAACGAAGAGAAGCGGACGGAUCGUAGAGUUCACUAAGAAGUUCAAGGACGAUUUUACCAAAACUGAGCGUCGCUUUCGUACGCGGGAUGUGCUUGUUACUUUUAUGAAUAAACAUAAGGAUAUGGCCAAAGCCGCUGGUUGCAUCUACAACGAUCUCCAGUCAAUCAUGUAUUCUUUGACUCCUAUGUCUCAACAAGAGCAUAUUAAAUUUGAUUUUUCUCCUUCUGAACUUCACAAUGCCUCUGAGUUUGGACGUUUCAAAUUGGACACCAUCACUUUGGAGUUUACUCCUACCAAUCCUUUUCAAUUGAGCUUAGAACAGAUACAGGGACAGCGGGAUUUGGUUUAUGCGAACAGAGAUCUUGCUCAAUUUCUUGACAUUGCUACCAGCCAAGAUGUUUUCUUUCGCGAAGGAGAGCACGUUCAUUUCUCUACAUCUAAUUCUUAUAUGUAUAGUCCUGAAAUGUUUGGUUUCAAAUCUGAUGACACUAUUUCUUUUGAGGAUAACCUUACCUAUCUUGGUAUAGGGUGUGACAAAGCAAUUCACAAUGUUCAAGGAGGCAAACCUGGAAGUGGUGGCUUACAAUCAGUUGUUGUUCAACGUCUAAUGGUUUGCACUACUCAUAAUAAGAAUAAUGUGCAGUACUUACUGAUAAAAGGAUUUGCACGCGAAAGCGCCUCUCAAAAAGAAAUAUCAAUUAAUGGGCAACCGACUUCAGUUGCUACAUAUUUCAACCAGAAAUAUGGGGUUUCGCUCAGUCGAAUGGAUUUGCCUUUAGUUAUAAGCAGUACAACUGACAAGGAUGGGAAGAAGCAACAAAAUUAUUACCCAAUUGAAGUUCUUCAAGUUUGUGACAAUCAACGUGUUAAGACUAACCAAUUGACUUCGCAAAUGACUCAAUUAGCAAUUAGGCGUGCGAAUGAACUUAAUCAUCCUGAACUUCAAACUGGUGAUGGUAGUGUUUAUCCAAAUAAAGAUACUGCUGGUUGGAGGAUGAAUAAAGUAUUGUCUCCCCAAGCACUCGUGGGUAAGCAAUAUGGAUGGGCUUCUUUUGUUUUUUGGACAAAAAAUGCUGGGCAUGGAUGCUUAACGCAAAAUGAGAUGGAUGAUUUUCUGCGUCGUUAUCAACAACAAGCAAGUUCCAGAGGCAUUAGAUUAAAUGAUCCUGUAAGAAAGGAAAUUGUUACGCUGAAUAAAUUGGAUGACAUGGCUCAAUUUUAUGAUUGGGCUUCAAAAAAUGACAUUGCCUUUUUGCUUUGUUUUCAUGGAGAUAGUGGUGAUGCGGAACAAGUACAUCAUGAGGUUAAAGCAAAUGAGAGGCGUUUCUUUGUAAUUACGCAAUGUGUAAGAACUGGGACUGUUAAGAAUGUUAUACAAAAGGGUCAAAAACUCACAAUUGACAACAUUUUGAAUAAAACCAAUGUAAAGUUGGGUGGAGUGAACUAUACAUUGUCACGUUCAAGGAUUGCUACUGACACGUCAACGUUAAUUAUUGGGUUUAGUGCAAACCAUCCUGGUGGUGGUAUUGGUACGGUAGAUGACACUGCUUCUGAUCCAAACAAAGCACCUUCCUUUGUUAGUGGACCACCUACAGCUGUCGGGUUUGCUGCAAAUGUUGGUCCUACGAAAAUGCCAUAUGAUUUUAUUGGUGACUUUCUCUAUCAGCAAGCAUAUCGUGAGGAAAAAGUUAACGUCAUUGAGUCGAUUGUUCAACGAUGUGUUGCUUUCUUUCAAUCAACAAGGGAUGGACGUCUUCCUCAACGUGUUAUUCUCUUCCGUAAUGGAUGUAGUGAAGGAUUAUACCCAAAGAUUCUUAAGUAUGAAGUUCCACUUCUGCGAAAGGCAUUGCAGGUUGAAGGGAUUCAGGAACCAAAAUUAACUUUAAUUGUUUGCAAUAAACUUCAAAGCGUUCGAUUCUUCCACAAAAAUAUUAAUCAAAAUGCCAAGGCACCAGAUCAAAAUCUGAAACCUGGCACAAUUAUUGACACAGCGGCGGUGCAUCCGGAAUUUGCAGAAUUCUUUUUGACUUCACAUCGCGCUUUACAAGGAACUGCUCGGACUCCAAAGUAUACGGUAGUAUAUGAUGAUUGCGAACAUGACCUGGAUGAAUUGGAACGUAUCACUUAUGAUCUUUGUUUUGGACAUCAAAUUGUGUCAUCACCAAUUUCUUUGCCAGCACCAGUCUUAGUUGCUUCAGAAUAUGCCAAGCGAGGAAGAAAUCUUUACAAUUCUUUAUUUGACGAAUUGAAGCAGAAAAAUCCGGAUAUUACCUAUACCAACUUGAAUGAUGACAUCACUUUUUACGGACGUACUGGGACGGAGUGCUGGAUUUCUGAAUACCGGUUGAAUGCUUAA